GUGUCUAGCAGACAUUAGCCCAUUCAAUAGUUUGGGUUACUGAGGGGAACGAUUUAUAGGACUACAACAAGUAGAUUCAGUAGACUUGGAAUACGUGCUCAGAAUGGUGUAUAAAGUUAGUAAAGGUGGAGUCAGGUCAGGUAACACUCUGCGUGGACUUCGGUCACUUCAGUCCAAAAGAUAUGCCCGCCAGGCUUGUAUUGUUGGUCGCUCCAGUCUGGCUACACAAGAUAUAGAGCUGCUUGUCAGCAACACCACAGACGACAGUUACAUUUCCGAGGCUCUGACGUCAACGGAUGUCAUUCUGUCUUUGAACAAAAAACAAAGAUGGCGUCUUCCAGCGACGGUUAGUCACAUGAUCAAAGCCGGUUACUUCGACAAGGACAACGCCAUGGUGUCCAUCUUGGAGCGACACAAAUUAAAGAGGAGGGCAAACUGCGUCAGCUUCGUCUGCAAUCGUGGACUUUACGGACAUGUCAUUCCCACCCAGAAGAGAUACUUCAGUUUCAACAUGGACAAAUUAGCAGACGAGAAGUCAAGCCGAAUGAUAAAACGCGCCAAAGCUGAAAUUUUAAAAAAGAUUGCCAAAUUGCCCAAAUCAAAAGAGCCUAGCUCGCAAUGUGAAAAUGUGGAUGCAUUCACUAUAUCUAAUCCCCAUGCUAAGGAACACGGCCCACUGUCCAGCUCCAAGCCAGAGUACAGGCUGGAAGUCUUUUACCCUUGUCCACGUAGCUGCUCAUUGUCCUUCAACCCAAAGUACACAGACGUCAAGCUGGAGAUGAACGAAGCUGGGAAGCUGGAGAUGAGAUCUAAUGUCAGAACAUCAAAGAAGACACAAAGGCAUAGGCAAAAGCUAACCCACAAAGAGAUUGACAUAUUUGAUGAAGAAGUGAUCCAAAAUGAUGUUGAAAACAUGUGGGAAGAAGACAUCAUUCAUGACAGUAAAAUUGGUGACAGUAUUACAUCGUUCACCUCUAGAGACAAAGUCAGUGAUUCGGAUGACGACAGCAACUUCGAUCAAGGGCUAAAAGUGAAUGAUAAUAUAUUAGCUUGCUUGAUUGCCCAGGCAGAAAAAGCGAAAAAAAUAUGGGGCGUUAUUCCGGCUAAAAGAUCCAGAAAGUCGUCGAAAGCAAUGCCAGAAUGCGUUAAAAAAGAAAGACCUCACAUUAUCUAUACACAAGAAAUAAACGAAAACCGGAAAUUGAACAGAAUUAGAAAAUCCCAGGCUGACUAUCAAGCAAUAGAAGCUGCUUUACAUUAUGGAAAAGUCAUUUUGUGUGACUCUGAAAUUUCUCCAGAAAAACUGAAAGAAAGAUUUGGUCAGAACUUUUCUGAAGCUGAUUGCGAGCCAAGACGUUUCACUAUCAACAUCACAGACGACAUUGUCAACACUCUGAGCACGUCACGAAGCGUCAAGUUGGGCUCAGGUCUGACGUCAUUCUUGGUUCUCAUCCAGGAUGGAUUUUACGAUGUGGGACAAAGCAGCUACAAAGCUCAAUUCAACUCUUUGAUUUGUUCAGAUACCAAGCGAAUCACAGACUCACUUCCGUUUCAGAAGAUGACCCUGGAAGAAAUCACUAGUUCAAUCAUCUCCACUUUGUUGGACAUGAAGCAAGAAGGAUUAGUGAAGUUAGGAAAUGUCUUACAAAGUCAUGAGACUGUACCCAGAAAUUAUUUGACAGACAAAUUGAACAUGAACUUUGAAGCUUUCUUCACUUCAGAACAAAUCAGUAAAAUUGUAAUUGAAGAGAAAGUGGAUAGUUCAGAAGAACUGUACAAACUUUCAGAAGAUUGGGAGAAGGUUUUGUUUUGUGAAAUAUGUUAUGCUGACGUCACAUCCUCUCAUUACGAGUCAUCACCUGGCACGAAGUUAAAUAAAUGUGGUCACGUGUUCUGUGACAGCUGCUGGAGAACUCAUUUCAACACAAAGAUGAAAACUGGAGCUUUCAAAUUGACUUGCCCUGGAUAUGACUGCAAUGUCCCUGUAGGCCCCGCUACUCUCUUGUCUUUAGUUCAUGUGAAUGAUUUAAACCUCUACCUUCAGCGUCAGUGUGAGGCUGAGAUUGAAACAUCCCUGGACACUAAGUGGUGUCCUAACCCUUCAUGUGGCCGAGCUAUACGUGUCACACCUGGAAACAAACCCAGACAGUCUGUGUUUGAUUUAGUCUGUGUCUGUGGCCAAUCACUAUGUUUUGCUUGCUUAGGUAAACCGCACUGGCCUGCCAAGUGUGAACAGGCCGAAGAAUACGCACGGGCUCUUCCCUCUCUAAAGACUCCCCAAGAUGUAGACUCUACAGACCUGCAGUCUCCACCAGUGGAAUACCCUGUGUUAGAAAUCUGGGGAAAAAUUUGUCCGGCUUGUAAAGCUUUCGUGGAAAAAAUGGGCGGAUGUGACUUUGUGGUCUGCAGAUGUGGACACCAAUUUUGCUGGUCAUGCAUGAAAGCCACUGUCCAAACACAUAACAAUGGAACGUGUUUUCCCACCGAGCAGACAAUUAAAGCUUUUACUCGUUGUCUUAGAAUUAAACACAUUGAAAUAGAAGCCCCAAAAUAUGUCAGCCUCGUAGCUGAACCCACCCCGAGGAAACAAAAAAGGUCAAAGGUCAGUAUGUACCAAAAAGCUCAACAAGAAAAGUUGGAGUCUGCCAAAACAUUACGUAGUCUUGAGGUCAAAGGUCUAGUGAAACGAAUGCAGUUUGCCACAUUGGACGAUGACUAUUUCAAAGAUGAGAUUUUAUCAGCCUGUAAGAUUGACCGAUUAAGUGUCAAAGAAGCAGAGCCAACGUCAUUGUUUCCUCACGUGACCAGAUUCCUGAACUCUUGUGUCCAGAUGAAACAGUCGUUACAUCACGUGGCCGAGUAUACUUUUGUUCUACUUCAAUCUGUCCCACAAAGUCUGGAGAGACAGAGGGCGCUGAAACUGGCCAAUGACCUCAGCGGAUACUGCAGUUUUAUUUCCUCAGUGUUUGAAGCCGGAACUAGUCAGGACCCAAGAGUGGCAUUUAGGAGACUAGUGGACAUAAGAACCUGGUCAGGUAGAGCUCUGGACGCUCUGUUGGUCACAGUGGACGCAUUCCGUUCAUAAACAUUUAAAAAAUGAAACCUUGUUACUCUGAAAUGCUUUAUUGAUUGUUUUUGUAUUUCAAAGCAUAAAAACAGGAAGAUUAACAAAACCAACAAGUCUUCUGACAAUACUAAGAUAAUUAAGUCUUACACACUCUAGGUGUUAAUCUAGUCGUAAAUGUAAAUCAGUGACUUCAUCUCUACUAAGUCGUCGGUUUUUCCUGUUCAUUAGGCAACCCAUUCCAGUCUCUAAUGACAUUAGGGAAGAAGGAGCACUUAAACAAGUGUAUGGUUUAGUGGUUUAUGUAGCUAUAGCUAUUUUACUAUUUAUUCUUCUGCCCUGAAGCGUCUCUAAGGUUAGUGAUUUUACUAAAGGUGUUACUCUAAUCAACUUGGAAUAUUCGUUAGUUAUAGGUCCCCCUGCUCUAUUUUGUGUCUGUUCUAGUUUCUUAAUGUUUUCUUGAGUUGAGGGGUCCCAAACAGAGGAUGCAUAUUCUACUAUUGGCCAAACCAAGGUUAAAUAACAUUUUUUAUGUUCCUAUUUGAUUUGUAAACAUUUCUUUGAAUAGAUCCUAAUGUUUUGUUUGAUUUUAUAAAAAUAAUUUCAUAAUUUAUUGGGUCUCUGUUUUAUCUUUUCAUGUAUUUUUACAUCUAGAUAUUUUGAGUUUCUAUUCUGUAUAAUUGAUUCCCCAUGAAUAAAAUAAGUAGUUUUGUUUAAGCUUUUUUAUUUGUUAAUUUUAUUAAUUGGCAGGCUCCAAUUUGGUUAUCAUUUCUGUAAUUCAUCUCAUUCUUUUUGUAAAAUGUCUGUGUCUUGUGUUGUUUUCUUGUUCUAUACUAUAUGCAAUCGUCUACAAAUACUUUGCUUACUUUGUUUAUGUAUUCGAUGUGCAGCUGUCUGCUUACUUUGUUUAUGUAUUCGAUGUGCAGCUGUCUGCUUACUUUGUUUAUGUAUUCGAUGUGCAGCUGUCUGCUUACUUUGUUUAUGUAUUCGAUGUGCAGCUGUCUGCUUACUUUGUUUAUGUAUUCGAUGUGCAGCUGUCUGCUUACUUUGUUUAUGUAUUCGAUGUGCAGCUGUCUGCUUACUUUGUUUAUGUAUUCGAUGUGCAGCUGUCUGCUUACUUUGUUUAUGUAUUCGAUGUGCAGCUGUCUGCUUACUUUUUGGAUCUAGUGUUUCAUUUGUCCCUACUCUCUCUAUGGACUCUUUCUGCCUUAGUUUACAUUUUUAAAAUAGGCUUUCUUUCUGCUGACCAAGUGGGUUUUUUGAAAUAGGCUUUCUUUCUGCUGACCAAGUGGGUUUUUUAAAAUUUGUUAUUAAACCAGCAUUUAUUUAUUUUAUUUGACGAGUUUAAUUUAAUAUUCUAUUAUAUUUUAAAGAUUACUUUUAAACUUUUAAUACAGUUCAGAGGUCAUCCACUGUUUUUUUUUAAGGAUACCUCAGUAUUUUGGCUUUGACAUCAUUUGUCUAGCUUUUUACAUUCAAGGAGUCCUUGGGCUCUUGCUUCUUUAUUGUUUUUUUUUUAAAUACAUUUUUAAAGUACUUAGGCUUAGGGUAUAUACGGUGAAAAUAUUAACAAUUGGUAAUCAAAUAAUGAAAUUUGUACAUUAAAUGAGAUAUAAAAAUUUUAACAUUAGUCAAUUUUAUUUGCUUAGCGUUUUUUCCGUUGUACAUGUUCGUUCCUUUUUGAUAAAUUAAGCCAGUAUUUUUAGCGGCCCCCGUAAGGGGAAAAAGCCGCUAUUAGGUUUGUGCAAAAUGUCCGUCUGUCCGUCUGUCCGUCUGUCACACUCAGAUCUCGAAAACUAGAAGAGAUAUGAAAAAUAUUAUUUCAUCAUUAAAUCCGGCUUGAAAAGUUUAGGUGCAACGGCUACUUUUGGUUUUCUAAAAGCAAACCGUUUAAUUUAUAAAAUUAAUUAUGCAAGCGAUUUUUUCAUAAAAAUACACCAAUUCUAAAACAAUUACGUAAAUGUAAGGGAGGCAAUGUUACAAUAUGCUAACAAAGAUGGACAAUUUUUGUGUAUUUUUAGUAUCACUAAGUCAAAUAUAUUUUAAAAAUGUACAGGAAAUGUUUACAACAAAUAUAAAUAAUAGUUAAAGACGUUUUUUCUGGUCAACUAGCUGCUAAAAUUAAAAGAAAACAUUUCUGUUUGUUUAUAAAGGCUAAUAAUGCACUUUGUAUGUAAAUAUCACGCACAUUUUUUUAAAUGGACUUUUUAUGCACCGAUUUUCGUGCAGUAGCGUAACGUCGCAACAUGAUCAGGUGC